AUGCCCGAAAACGAUGAGCCCCUCUUGGGCUCCGACAGAUUGAAAGGAAUUCUCUUCGGCAACUAUACCCCGCUGGAGAUCAACGCCGCCCUCACUCCUCUUGAGCAAAGCUUGAGCAACGAGGGUUCGGCGACACUGAAGGCCUUCGUGCUGUCCUGCAUCAUCGUGGUCACAGCCAUCGGGAACAUUCUCGUGUGCGUUUCGGUGAUGAGCGUGCGACGACUGCGUCAUCCAUCAAACUACCUCCUCGUAUCGCUGGCCGUAUCAGACUUGUGCGUUGCACUUCUCGUCAUGCCGUUCGCGAUGUACUUCGAUGUUGUUGGUAAAUGGUAUCUCGGGAACACGAUAUGCGACCUCUGGGUCUCGUUCGAUGUAGCUUCGUGUACGGCAUCCAUACUGAACCUCUGCAUGAUCUCCGUGGAUCGUUAUAUGGCCAUCACGCGACCUUUGACAUACGGAGUUCGGCGAACCUCAAAACGAAUCUGCGUGUAUGUGGCGGGCGUUUGGACCAUGGCAUGUUUGAUCUCGAUCCCACCUGUGAUUGUUUUAGGUAAUGAGCACGGAACUGACGAGGAGCCCGGGUGUCAGGUCUGCCAAAGCAUAGCUUACCAACUUUACGCGACGUUAGGUGCAUUUUACAUCCCGUUGAUUAUCAUGAUUGUGAUGUACUACAAGAUUUACGCUGCGGCAAAACGUGUUGUAGACGCAGAUCAACGAGCACAGAUAAACCCUCAGGUUCUCCUGAAUAAAGGCGACGGGUGGCACGGGGGCAACUCCGAGAUGAGCAAUGGCGCGGACGACUCGAUAAAGACGUCGGCUGGCGUGUCUUCGGCUCCGCACAAUUGGCACAACAACAUGAAACGCUCGACAAUGAUGCGCGAACGCAAGGCUUCAAUCACUCUCGGCAUAAUCAUGAGUGCAUUCACGAUCUGUUGGGUGCCGUUUUUCAUCCUUGCCCUGCUCGAGCCGCUCAUAAAAUACGAUCCCGGACCGGCCAUCAAAAGUUUCACGUUAUGGCUCGGCUACUCGAACUCGAUGUUGAAUCCAGUCAUAUACGUAACGUUCCAUCAGGACUUCCGCCGCGCCUUCAGGGAGCUUCUGCGUUGUCACUGGUCUACGCUCAAUAGUCGACUUCGGGAUGAUUAUUACCUGCGCACCUACACGCUCGAGGGAGCGGCUGCCGAGGGCAACGGGAACAUUCACGUCACGAAUCACGCCUAG